AGUGAGUGACAGUUCAACCGUUAUCAGGAUACCACGAUGGCCACAUCAAAAAAGCGCAAGGUUGAUAAGGAGGGCCGUCGAUUUAAUGAGCGCUGGAAAUCGGAAUAUUUUUUUACAGAGAGUCAUAAUAAUUGCGUUUGCCUAAUUUGCAAUGAGACUGUUUCUGUUUUGAAAGAGUAUAAUGUGAAGAGGCAUUACGAGACAAAGCAUGCAAACUCCUAUCAGAAGUUCUCCGACAGUGAACGAGAGGAUAAAGUUAAACAGCUAGAAGCCUCUCUGGUAUCCCAGCAGCGGUUGUUUAUCAGGGCAAAAGAGUCCAAUGAAAACAUUACCAGAGCAAGCUACGAGGUGGCAAUCCUCAUCGCAAAACAUGGAAAACCUUUCUCUGAGGGUGAGUUUGUCCAGGAAUGUGUAAUGAAAAUUGCAGAAAACAUCUGUCCAGAUAAGAAGCAAGAGUUUGCAAAUCUUUGCCUUGCUCGCAACACUAUCGCACGGAGAAUUGAAGAAAUAUCAUCCGACAUCAAAAAACAAGUGACUAAACGUGGCCAUAAAUUUGACAAUUUUUCUUUGGCGUGUGAUGAGAGCACCGAUAUUUCAGACACUGCCCAGUUGCUCAUUUUUCUAAGAGGAAUUGAUGAGGACAUGAACAUCACAGAAGAGCUGCUGGACCUCAAAAGUAUUAAGGGGCAGACACGAGGUGUGGAUUUACUGCAGUGUGUCUCUGACGCGGUUGAUGACAUGAAACUGCCCUGGGAGAAAUUAAGCGGAAUUGUUACCGAUGGGGCGCCCGCUAUGACGGGAGAAAGAAGUGGAUUAGCGUCACUGCUAUGCAACAAAGUCAACGAGCAAGGGGGCAAUGCCAUUAAACUUCAUUGUUUAAUUCACCAACAAGUGCUGUGCGCAAAAUGUCUGAAGUUUGAUCAUGUUGUUUCACCAGUGGUGAAAGCCAUUAACUUCAUUCGUGCCAAAGCUUUGUACCACCGCCAGUUUCAGCAGUUUCUUUCCGACAUAGAGGCGCAAUAUGGAGAUGUAAUUUAUCACAACGAUGUGAGGUGGCUCAGUCGGGGAAAUGCGCUGCAGCGUUUUUUCUUGCUUCGGAGGGAGAUAGGCCAGUUUUUUGACGAAAAGGGUCAUGCGAUGAAAGAACUGUCUGACCCUAAGUGGCUCGCAGACCUUGCGUUUGUAAUUGACAUUAACAAACACCUAAAUGCACUAAAUGUCAGCCUUCAAGGAAAAGAUGCAGUGGUGAGUCAGCUGUAUUCUCACAUCAAGGCCUUUGCCACUAAACUUCAACUGUUCAAAAGACACCUGUCCCAGAGUGAAAUCAACACCUCACAUUUCCCUACACUUAAAGAGGUAAUGGACUGUUUCCCAAAAGAGACAUGUGGGCAAAUAGGGAAGUAUGCAAACGUGAUCGAAGACCUCUUUGCUGAGUUUAACUGGCGUUUUAAAGAUUUUACUAUAAUUGAAAAAGAUAUGCAUGUCUUCGCAUCUCCUUUUUCUGUGGAUCCUGUUGAUGUUGCACAUGAACUUCAGCUAGAGCUCAUAGACUUGCAGUGCGAUGAUGAGUUGCGCUUCCGUCAUCAGCAGCUUUUGCAAAUUGACUUUUAUCGACAACUAAACAAAGAGAAAUUCCCCACACUGCGAGCACUUGCCAAGAGAAUGUUGAGCCUUUUUGGGUCCACGUACAUUUGUGAACAGACUUUCUCUAUCAUGAACUUAAACAAAACCCGUUUGAGGUCCAGAAUAACUGAUGCCCAUCUGCGAGACGUUAUACGGGUUGCGACCACGGCUGUUAAGCCAGAUCUCACAAGUGUGCUGCAGUGCAGAUCCCAGUUCCAUCCAUCUCACUGAAUUGUUCAGUUUUUAGGUGACCGUUAUAAAGUUACAUCCUGUUUACUGUUUAUAAUUUAUUAUUUUCUUGUGUCACACUAAGCUUGAGCUAUACAUUUUCAUCCAUCCAUUUCCUUCAUAUUUAAAUUAAUGGAGUUUACAUUAUUGUUUAAAACCCUGAUUUUUUAUACCAUCCAUCUCACUGUUGAUGAGUUACAUUUUUAUUAUUACAAUGUUACAACUUUUUUACUGCUUAUAAUUUUUACUUUUUGCUUACUUGUGUCACUUGGUUGACCUAUAACUUUUCCUUAUGCAUUUCAUCCAUAUUCUUAUCAGUUUGUAAUUGAUUAAACCCUGAAGUUUGUAUUAUCCUGUCAAUGAGCUGUAGUGUUUGCAAGUAACGUUUAAAAUGUUGCAACCUGUUUACUGUUAUAGUGUCACACUUCGUUUGAGCUAUUCUUUUCAUCCAUACACUUUCAUUCAUAUUUUUAAAUUCAAUUCAAUUUCAAUUAUUUAAUAAUUCAAUUUUGUAAUUGUUUAAAACCCUGAUGUUAAUAUAAUAUGUGAUUGAACAACAAAGUUUAACUCUGACCUAAAAAUAAAUAAUUAUUAAUUAAGAGUUGGAUUUUAUUAUAAUGAUGAACAUGAUUAGCAUUAUGCCUAUAUAACUUAAUGAACUUAAUGAACGCAUGGAAGCAUGAAAACAUAAGUAUCUGGCCCCCAUGUGUAUUGACAACUUGGAAUCUGGCCCCCUUAAAAAAAAGUUUGGACACCCCUGGCGUAA